UUGAGUUUUGAAUCUGGUAAAAUCAACUUGCAAAAAUGGGGAAAACAGGAAGAGAUUGGACACAGAUCUAUGCUAUCUACGGAAUGGAUGAUUGGCACACACCGAUUUUUCUGUUAAUCCACGCGAUUGUCUUCUCCUCUUCAUCACUCAUAUUCCUUCUAUACUUCAAUUGGAUCUGCUAUUCCUUCGAAUCAAUCUUCCCGUCAGUAUUCUCAGGCAGUGUCGCCAGAUUCGCCGCAGGAUUCACCGGCUCCGUCACGGCUCUCUCCGCCCUUUGCCUCUUUUACGCUGCCGGUAAUAUGUUCUACUCCUCCGUCGCUCUCCGGUGGGACAUGGCUCAGCGCAUGGUCAGCGCCGUCCACGACUGGUCAACCGUGAAGACCGUACUAGACGUCGGCUGCGGCCGCGGCAUCCUCCUCAACGCCGUCGCCAUGCAGCUCAAAAAAGAAGGCAGCUCCGGCCGAGUCGUCGGAUUAGACCGUAAGAACACGACGUUAUCAACCCUAAGGACGGCAGGGAUGGAAGGCGUGCAGGAGUACGUAACCUGCCGUGAAGGCGACGCGCGUAGGCUUCCUUUCCCUGACAAUUACUUCGACGUGGUGGUGUCGGCGGGAUUUGUGCACAAGGUCGGGAAGGAGUUCGGGCAGAAAUCAGCGGCGGCAUCGGCGGAGAGGAUGAGAGUGGUGGGGGAGGUGGUGAGGGUAUUGAAGGAGGGUGGGAUCGGUGUGGUGUGGGACCUGGUGCACGUGCCGGAGUAUGUCCUCCGGUUACAAGAGUUAAAAAUGGAGGAGAUCAGAGUAUCGGAGCGAGUAACGGCGUUCAUGGUGAGCAGCCACAUCGUGUCGUUCCGGAAACCCAGCCAGCACGUGCUGGGUCCCAAUGAAGUAAGAUUGGAUUGGAGAUUCAACAAUAUCUGUUGAAUUAUUUACAUCCUAAAAAGAAAAGAAAAAAACAAUAUCCACUGAUUCUUUUCCUUUUUUAAAUACAAAAAUUAAAACACAUAAAUAAUAUAUAUAUUAUGAAUUAGUACUGAAAAGACCAAGGCCUGGUGAAACAAAGUGGAACCAGAACCCUCCAUAGUUAAAAAGCCUCUUGUUUUAACUGUAAUUUUGUUUUUAUAUAAAUAUAACUUAUUAUUUAUAUGGUUGCAAUUAGGGGAGUUAACCAACCGUCGGUUCGAGCUCGACUCAAGCUAGAAUUUUUUUUAAGUUAUCGAGCUCGAUGGUCGUUUAUGGGUUUGAACUCGUGAUUGAUCAACUUGUUUAUCGACUUGAGCUUGAUGAUUUUUAUAUUUUUGUUGUAUGGUUAAUGAAUAUAUAUGAACAUGUUUGGUUUGAAAAAGUGU